CGCCUAACCCCUUACCAUUUAUAGGCGCCUCAGAUUGUUUCUCUCACAAACCACAUGAACCAAACUGGAAAAUCUUUAGACAUGAACCAGUUGUUGGAUUCUCGGGUCGAAGCUUUAGCAUUUAAAUAUGUAAGUUUUGGGAUCUUCACUGUUGUUAAUAAUCUAUGGACGUGGGUCGCUGUCAUCACGGCGGCGGUUAGUUUUUGGAGGAUAAGAGCCGCCGGCGCCGCCACCUCAUCAUGUUCCGUUAAAAGCCACGAUCAAAGCCCGUUGUCGUCCAUCAUUGAUCGACUGAUUCACGAAGUUGAAGAAAAGAUGACAGUUUCACCUGUGGUUUCAAUUUCAUCUCCAGCUUCCGUUAAGAAAACGGCUGUUUCACGGUCGGCUUGCAACGAUGGGGCGACAAAAGGAGGGAUGCCCAAGCUGACUGUUUAUUACUAUAAUGAUAUCGGAGGAGAGAAUGAUGAUGAAGGUGGUACGACGGAGACGGAAUGGUGUGACGGUGACAAGUACCGUAAGGAAGAGAGUUGCGGCGGAGAAUGGUGGGAGGGUUGGGAAAGAGUGUUGAAGCUGAGGAAAGGGGAGACGGGGUGGCACCGUUAUCAGGAUUUGACGGCGAUAAACGGCAACGUUGUUAGGUUGUGGGAUGAUUCGUGUAGAAGAGGAAGGUACAGCUCAAGCCGUUCUGUAUGGUAGUGGUGUUUUUCUUGAGAAAUAAAUUUGUCGACUGAUAAUAAUAGUUUUCAUUUAAU